CGACUACGGGGACCGGGAUUUCCCAGCUCUGCGCGACAACGCGAGGGUUUUGGUUUUUUCUUCGUUUUCACCUUCACAAUUCGGUUUGAUCUCGUAUCCAGUGGUUUUGUUGAAUACUUUAUUUUUUUAUCCUUUCGUAUAAGCCCACGUACAAAAAUGAGUUCAAGUGAGUACCAUAACUCUGAAAAUGAAGGGGCUGGUCCCUCAAAGAAAAAAAAAUAAAUAUAAUCAAGUAUUUAAGAAAAGCUGGACCGAAGAGGAGCAAUUUAAAAAGUGGAUCAAACAGGAAAAAGAUGAAUACUUUGCUAUGUGUCGCGUGUGCAACAAAGAUAUUUCUACUAAAAAUACUGGCAGAUUAGCACUCGUUCGGCAUCAGGAUAGUGCGAUGCACACGAAACUAUGCAAAUCUCAGAAAAAGCAGGGAACAUAACAGAUAUGGUGGUUUUUAAAGGAGGCCCAAGUCAGGAAACCAUAUUAAAAACGGCAGACUUACAUCUCGCAGCUUUGGCCACUGAGCACAAUUUGUCAUAUAAUGU